AUGAGCAUAUUUUGUCAGAUUUUGCAAAAUUUACAAUGCAUUAACCACCCUGCUUUGGAUGGUUUGUAGUUUAUCAUUCUGCAGUAAUAAAAAUAUAAUCAAAAUUUAUUUUAGCAAUUAAGCUAGAAACUCACUCUAUUCAAAACUUUAUCUGCAUCAAAAACUUCUGAUAAUCUUGAUAUUUGCUCUUAAUAUGCUGGUUAACAAACUUGCUGCGAUGCUGAAUUAGUUGGUUUGUUGAAAUAGCUAGCUUUUUCAAAAUACACAGAAAUGGAAAAAUAUAAUUCAUUUUAUGGAUAAAUUCUAUCGAAUAUUGGUUUUUCAAUCAAUCUGUGUGGAGCUAAGAACAGUGAUCAACCAAACGAUCUUGACAAAAGCGAUACUGGUAUUAAAGAGAUCGAAAUAUUUAAGAGCUAAUAUAAAUAAUGCUAAAUCCAAGUAAUCUAAACAACUAUUAGAUUUUAUAGAGGUUAAGUGUGUUCAAUUUGUGCUGGGUUGGACAAUAUACAAAAUUAUUUUGCAGGCAACUCAGAUGCUUAUUUAGAUUAAAAUAGCUUUAAUUCUUACUAUAAUGAUUUGGUUUCGUCAAUGAAAUGCAUGGAAAACCUAAGAAAUCAAUUUCCAAGUAUAGUAGAUACUUUAUUUGAUCAGUUAUCAGAUUAAAGUGAACAGUGUAACUAAACAAAAAGUUUGUAUGAUAAAAUGCUCACAGAUAAUUUGAAUUAUGCAUGUUAAGGCUAAGACUGUGAGUCGAGCUGUAGUAACUUAUAUUUUCUUAGUGUUGAUUUAAGCUAACAAAAUUGUGCUAUUAAUGCUUUUGUGCCUAACAAUAUUUAAGAUUAGAUUUAAGAAAUAAAUACAAAUGGCUAUUACAAUCACACUGUAAACUAUCAAUCAUAUUCUCGACUAUUGCCCUAAAUAUAGAAAUCAAAUUUUUAUUUGUCUAAGAAUGGAAUUCAGUCUUAUUUGCUAGAUUCUACUUAAGAUUAGCAAGUUUUAAUUGAAGGAUCUGUUUACAACAACUCAUCUGUUUUAUAUUUUUCAUAUUUAUUAGGUGCUUUUAUUUUUAGCCUUUUGUGUUGA